AUGCAAGAACUGGCUGGACAGAAGCGCAAGACCCUCGACAGUUUCUUCAAGCCAAAGAAGCCAACGGAGAAGCGGGCCAAGGCCGCCAGUCCGGCAGCUGAGGGAGAGAGCAGAUCAGACGAGUCGCAGGAUCCAGCAGAGACGGCGAUUGUUCGCAAGGACUAUCCGCAGGAGCUGCGCCUAGAGUAUGAGACCAUUGAUGCGUCCUGGCUCAAGCACCUGGAGCCCGAGUUUUCCAAAAAGUACUUUACUGCGCUCAAGGCCUUCCUGAAGCAGGAGGAGCAGGCCAAAAAGACCAUCUUCCCGCCAGCCAUCGACGUGUACUCGUGGUCGCGGUUCGCGCCAUUCUCCAAGGUGCGCGUGGUGAUCCUGGGGCAGGACCCGUACCACGGACCGGGCCAGGCGCACGGACUGGCAUUCAGCGUGCGGCCGGGCGUGCGCACGCCGCCGUCGCUGGUCAACAUGUACAAGGGCCUGGCGGUGGACUAUCCGGGCUUUGUGCGGCCCAGUCACGGGUACCUGAAGGGCUGGGCUGAGCAGGGCGUGCUGCUGCUGAAUGCUGCGCUGACCGUCGAGUGCCACAAGGCCAAUUCGCAUGCCAACAAGGGCUGGGAGAAGUUCACCGAUGCAGUCAUCAGCGCCAUCAACAAGAACCGCAGCCACGUGGUGUUUAUGCUGUGGGGCUCUUAUGCGCAGAAGAAGGGCGCGCAGGUCAACAGCAAGAAGCACCUGGUGCUCAAGUCGGUGCAUCCGUCGCCGCUCAGCGCAAGCCGCGGGUUCUUUGAGGCCGGCCACUUCAAGAUGGCUAACAAGUACCUGCGCGAGAAUGGCCAGCGCGAGAUCGACUGGUCAUGCCUGCCCGAGAAAUGAGUAAAGUAGUUUCCUCUAUUUGCUUUCGCU